GCAAACUUUCUUUCAGAGCAAGCACCGAGCUCCUAAGCGGCUCGUACUUCGGCAGCCGAAGCGCGCGCGAGAGCCUUCCGACGCUCAGCACCCAGAGCAGCAGCUUAUCAGAUCGAAGCCUAUCGACGCGCAGCGAGCCGGCGCUGAGCAGUGGCGGAGAGAUGGCGGAGCUCGAGCACCAGAGCUCCGCCAGCGGGAAGGCGCAAGCGGGGGGGGAGGCGGAGGGCGGAAAGACGGCGCAGCAGAAGCAGCAGUGGGGCGCGUGGCACGCGCAGGUGCAGCAGCUGUGGGGAAGCAGCAGCCAGCUGCUGGCGCGGUACACGAGCGGCGGAAAGGUGGCGUCUCUUGAGAACAACUGCGCCAUGCAGAGCGCGUGGAACCCCGUGGGCGCGCAAGGGGAAUCCGACCGACCACAGCACGUCGUGAUUUACAUCUGCGAAUCUGUCGAGACCUCCAAACCGUUACAAGCGGCAGCAGACGAGGAUCGAACGUUGCAGGAGGAGGAGAGAGUGAAAGGCGGGGGCGCAGAUGGGGAGAGAGAUGCCGGUGGGAAGGUAGAGGGGGGGAAAGCACCGAACCAGGCGAAAGCGGAGGUCGCGGAGCAGCAAGAGAAGGAGACGGAUAAGGAGGAGACGAAAUUGGAGGACGGGAAAGAAGGGAAAGAAGGAGAGGAGGAGGAGGGCGACGAUCCCGAGGUGGAGGCGGGCUUUAAGAUGUCGCGCGUGUGCGACCGGCUGGUGGACGUGUUCUGGGUGGAGAAGCCCGAGCCCGCGCAGUGGCGCCUGCUGCUCGCCUUCAGCGCCGAGUGGGCGCGCAUCCGCCCGCACUUCUUUGCGCGCGCCAAGCUGCGCGCGCGCGAUUUCGAGGAGCAGGGCAAGCCGGACAAGGCCGCGGAGCUGUAUAGGCUCGCGCGGAGGCUUAAAGAGGUGGACGACUCAAUGACGGCGCACAACGAGCUCUUCUCAUUGGUGGAGGAACACGAGGCGGAGGGCGCACUGGAGGGGCUGGUGGCGAGGCGGCGGAGGGACUUCACGGGGGAGUUCUUUGAGCAUCUGCAGAUCCUUUGCCAGGCUAACCAUGACAACCCGCAGCGGCAGGACGAGAUCGCAUCCCUGGCAGCCAAGUGCGUGACAGCGGUGGACAUUCACGACAAGGUGGAGGCGGAUGAGGUGGCAGUGGAAGCAGCACAGGCCAAGUUUGACGACAUCAUGGGCAGCGGCAGCCUGGCAGAGGCGUGUGGGAAGAUCGACCAGCUGGCAGCACGGCAGCAGCUGGACUCGACGCUCAUGCUCAUGAUCACCAAGGCGUGGGCUGCUGCCAAGGAGAGCAACAUGAUGAAAGAUGAGGUGAAGGACAUCAUGUAUCAUCUGUACAAGCAGGCGCAGAUCAACAUGCGCAUGCUCGUGCCCAAGGAGGUGCGCAUCCUGCGCCACGUACUCGCUAUAGACGACCCCCGCCAGCAGCUCACAGAGCUCACCAACGCAUUCUCGCCUGGAGGAGAACUUGAAGUGCAGAACGCUUCAGAAGACAUGCUCUACACAACUCCGGAGAAGCUUCUGGAGGUGAUAGAGCAAGUGCUGGAUGCGUACUAUGCUCAGCGCAGGCAGCAGAGCUCGCUGAUGAACCCAGCGGUGAUUGCCAGAAUGGAGGUGCUGAAAGACGUCAUAGUGGACCAGUUUAUGUAG